UGUAUACGGCUCCUCGAGUUCCCACCACGUACACCAACACGGCUCUUAAAAUUAACACCAAUUUUACACCAACACCGCCACCACCACCACCAACACUUGAGCACACACACACUAGGACACCUCCCGAAGAAACUCCUGUUAAGUGAACAAGAUAAUGAUCUCGCUUAGAAGCUUGGUGAGGUCGCCUGCAAUGUCUGCUACGCGACCUCUGUGCUCUCUUGUACAGAACAGGGCCACUUAUUCCACAUCACCAUCACAAGAUGGAACAGGACAGCAGCAAAAGCAGGAGAAACAACAGGAGGAGGCAACUGAGGUGUGGAAACAGAAGGGAAGAAUCCACUCCAAGAAGUCUAUAAAGGUGGAGUUGGUGGGGGGCAAGAGGUACCUGUGGUGUGCCUGUGGCUACAGCAAAAACCAACCUUUUUGUGAUGGGACUCACCUGUGGAGCAGAUUCCGGCUGAAGAUUAAGCAGCACCCAGCUUUUUUCAAGGCUGAGAAGGAUGGGCCAGCAUCCCUUUGUUUGUGUAAGCAAACAAAAAAACCUCCUUAUUGUGAUGGUACUCACCGCAGGCAGGAAAUACAGGAUGCUGUCAUAACUGAACACUGAAGACUUCAAAAUUCUUGAGCUAAACAUUCAAAGUACAGGACUGUACAGUUUCAAAGUGAUUAGUGCUUCCAGUUGGCCAUUAAAUACUACUCUGUAUUAAAUAUGUAAGAAUAUUUCUCCAAAAAAUAACAAAAUUAAAACUGUUGUGUUCUGUAAUUAUACAAUUCAUACUAGGAAUAGGUUAAUGUGAUACUAUAUUCAAGUUUUAUAAUGUUUUGUCUUAAGGGAAACGGUUGUGGUUAAUAUGCCAUAAGUUACUUAUGGGCACAUUCUUGGGCAUCUUGCUGGUCUUGCCCAGAAUGCCCAAUUACAUAUUGUCUUUCAUUCAAAGAUUUAAUGCAGAGUGAUUACGUAUUUAAGCUAAGAGAAAUACACUCCUCACUCUUGAAGGUGGUGACAGAAUGUACCCUAUUGCAAAUUACUGCAUGCAGUGUUGUAUAUACUUUCCUCAGUGCUUUCAUUAAUAUGUAAAAAACAUUAAAUCUACACAUUCUGAAACAUAAUAAGCCUAGCAUCCA